AUUCCAAUUCUAGAAUAAUCUCUUUUUUCUUUCUCUCUCUCUCUCAAAGGCCCGAAUUUGAUGCCAUGGAUAAGGGCAAGAUUUCAGAAGCGGCGGCGGUGAAUUCACCGGCAACCACAACAACCCACCACCUGAAUAAACCACCGGCAGGUCUAACCGAAAACGAAUUCAAUAAGCUGAGGCCAUUGGUGUCUGAAUUCCACACCUACGAGAUAACGAACGACCGACAGUGUUCUUCUCUCCUAGCUCAACGAAUCAAAUCUCCAGUAAACAUAGUUUGGUCAGUUCUCCGUCAAUUCGAGAAACCUCAAGCUUACAAACAUUUCAUCAAGAGUUGUUCGGUGAAAGAAGAUUUCGUGUUAUCAGUUGGAUCAACUCGAGAAGUAGAGGUGAUUUCGGGUUUACCGGCGGAGACGAGCAUAGAGAGGCUUGAUUUAUUAGAUGAUGAGCGUCGCGUGACUGGGUUUAGUAUUACGGGUGGGGAUCAUAGGCUGAGGAAUUACCAUUCGGUUAUGACUGUUCAUGAGGAAGAGGAAGGGACAGUGGUGAUGGAAUCUUAUGUGGUGGAUGUGCCGGAAGGGAAUUCGGAAGAGGAUACUAGGUUGUUUGCUGAUACGGUUGUGAGGUUGAAUCUUUUGAAGUUGACGUAUGUGACUCAGACUAUGGCUCGUGAUUUGGGAGAGAAUCGAGGAUGAUGGGUGGUGUGAUGUGAGUUUGAUGGAUUCGAUGGAGUUUUGUUUGUAGUUUUUGAUGUUGGUUUGUUCUUUGUUUUAAGUUUUCUAAGUUGUCGGUGUUUAUGUAUAAGUAAUGUUAGUCUGUCAAACUUGGCUCAAGUAUAACA